UUAUAUUUGAUUUUUCUUAAUACUUAUUGACAUAUAUGAUUAUGAUUAGUUUUAUUAAACAUAAAUGUUAAGUUUUUAAUUCAUGUUUGAAAAUUUCCUUAGUUUUUUCUUUAAAAAACUUAACACUUGUAAUUUGUUUUUUCAUUUAAUUUAACUUUUGAUCCGCCCGCAGCUGAGGGCGGAAGCUAAAGACUAGUAAAUACUUUUGUCCGAAUGAAUAUUCACCACUAGAUGAGUUCGUAGCGAGACAGGCCUGAAAUGGAAUGUUAAUCCCAUUGUCCAAAUGAUAUCCGGCAAUGUGUCCUUUUUAGUCUGCUUCUGCUUCAUCUGCUCACUCUCCACAUGUUAUUCUCUUAGGUUUUCUUCUCCUGUGUGUCUGGAAAAAUAAAAAUAAAAAAGAAGUCUAAAUACAACACAUGCCGGCUGCCUUCGAUUAUACCUGUAGCAUAAUUGUUGUCAUCAUCUCCUCUACAUGUAUAACCAAACCCACAAACCUAAUCCCAUUGCCAAUUCUUCCUCUCCCUGCCCCUCAAAAUUUGCAACGAAUUUUUUGUUCAAGUAUCCCAUUUUAAUCCACUACCCUGAUCACUUUCCAAAGCCCUUUAUUGUUAGCUAGCUAGCUAGAAUCCAACAUGAAGACUAAAGCACAGAACCAAAGCAAGUUCAUGCGAGUCAUGACAAUCCCAGUGAGAGUUUUGUGUAAAGCAAGGGACGUUUAUGUUAAAAGCAUGACAGACUUCUCGAUGAGGAUGAGUAAUGGCCCUUCCAUGGCCUUGCUAGCAGGACAGCACCCUCCCUUGCCCAAGAGUUUCAGUGUUGGCUCAUCAAGGUCUGAUGACGGUGAAGAUCACAGACAGCUUGUUAGAGCUGCUUCUGCCAGGAGCUUAGGUCACAGCAAUGAAAUCGAGAUGUACAUGCAGCAAUUGAGGCAGCAGCAAUCGUCAAUGACGAUGGGAUCCAAAAAGGUGUUGCCAAAGAGUUCCAGUGUUGGGAUGCGUUGCAUGGGAAGGAUUGAUGAAGACAAAUCAUGUGUUUUUGAAGAAGUUGGCGUUGAUGUCAAGCCACAGUUGGGUCCAAGAAGCAGAAGCUAUGCUGUUGGAAAAGGAAGGAAUGCCUUUUGAUUUGUUUGAGAGGGAUUCACCUAGUUAAAGAGUUCUUCUUUAUGGUGGUGAUAAUAGCAGUCCUUGUGGUGGUUAAAAUGGUGAAUUGAAUAUAC